GCGUCGUACUUGCGCAGCAGGAGGGGAAGAAGUUGAGGCUGGUAGAGUACAUGUCCAAAAAGAUGCCCUCUCAGAAGUUGGAUAAGUCCACCUAUGAGAAGGAACUCUAUGCGAUCUACAAGGCGCUCACCCAUUGGAGACAUUAUCUCCUUGGGAGGUUCUUCUACGUCAGGAUGGAUCACCAGACCCUGAAGUGGAUGAGAACCCAGCCUGUGCUCUCCGACGCUCUGAAGCGUUGGAUUGAAGUCAUAGAGCAGUAUGACUUCGAGCCCCAGUACAUCAAGGGCGAGUACAACAAGGUUGCUGAUGCGCUGUUGCGUAGACCAAAUUUCUCUGGUGUGCUAAUCACUGAGUUUGGGCUUGUGGACGAUGUUACUCACUCUAUGGUGGAAGCCUAUCAUGAGGACCGGUUUAUGUCUGAGAUCAUACGCAGACUCGAGGCGAAGGACAAAGCGACUUCUGCCAAGUUUGAGUUGGUCAACGGACUGCUGUUCCUUGAGAAGGCAGGGAAUAAACGUCUGUGUGUGCCAGAUAGGGAGUCUUUGCAUAGUUUAUUUUUAGGCGAGUGUCAUGACGCCACGAGACAUUUUGGCUUCAAGAAGACGACAACCAACUUGCUGCAGCGGUUCUGGUGGCCAACGAUAAUGAGAGAUGCCAAGUUGUACGUGGAGACUUAUCAGGUCUGUCAGAGAGACAAGCCCCGUACACAGGCCCCUCUUGGGCUCCUCAAGCCCCUUCCAAUUCCGGAAAGGCCUGGUGAGAGUUUUUCCAUGGACUUCAUGGAUACAGUGAUCACCAGCAAGAGUGGAAUGCGACACAUCUUUGUCAUUGUGGAUAGGUUUAGUAAGUACGCUAGAUUAGUUGCAAUGCCGGAAACAACAAAGACUGAGUACGUCAUUAAGUUGUUCAAAGAAAUCUGGGUCAGAGAUUUCGGAUUGCCUAAGUCUAUCAUUAGUGACCGGGAUGUGCGAUUCACUAGUGAACUGUGGAAAGCUGCAGCUGCAGAACAGGGCACGCAGUUGCAAAUGACAUCAGGCAAUCACCCAGAAGCGAAUGGGCAGGCAGACCAAUUGAACCGCGCGGUACAACACCUGGUGAGGCAUUACAUCAAGCCGAAUCAGGUAGACUGGGAUGAGAAACUCGCUCUCAUCGCCAGCCUGUACAACAACGUUGUGCACAGCGCUACGGGAGUAAGCCCGAACAUCCUGCUACUGACUUUCAGGCCUAGACUGCCCUUGGACUUCCUACUACCUGAGAAUCGGUCAGCUGCUGCACCGGGCACCUUGGAGUUUGCUUAUCGAUAUGAGCAACUGAUGCAACAGACAGUCGAACAGAUGCACAAAGCACAAGCGGCAAUGAUAGAGUCUGAGAACAAACACCACUGCCCAUCUACAUUCCAGGUAGGAGAAAGAGUCUGGGUUAAGUCCUUAGAACUGGGACAGGAGUACGGGAUUUCCCGUAAGCUCAUGCCGCAGUACUUUGGACCAUGGGAGAUUCUAGAUGUUGUGGGGAAUGAACCAGAUGGAGCAUCUUAUGUUAUUCGUAUCCCUGCUCACUUACGCACUUACGUUGUUUUCCACGCCUCAAAGCUUGCACCUUUUAAAGAAACAGAUCAAUUUCCCUCUCGUCGCUCAAUGCUGCCCCCAACCAUGGAUGGAGAGGUCGACAUCGACGACAUUGUUGAUCACAGGGAAAUGCCAGUUCCAAGACCAGGCAGAGGACGUCCUCUGAAACCGAAGCUGCAGUAUUGAGUUCGGUUCAGAAAUCACACUGAUCCAAAGGAGGAUAGAUGGUUCACAAGAGAGGAACUGAUGCAGACUGCUCCACAUGUAGUCGCUCACUAUGAGAAGUCCUGCAGAAAGGAAAGCUCCACAUUAUCGAAGACUGAACUUUUCAUAGGACUAGCGAAGUAUGGAGGAGGGAAUAUGAGGCAUAAGGCCUCGAUAAGCCCUACUGGGCCCCUAUUUGCAACAGCGUCGGCCGCCCUAACUUCCCUAAGUGAAGGCAGGCUCGACAGACCCCAAGAGGCCUAUUUUGGACUACUACGCAACUAGGCAAAUUCAGGGAGUUGCGCAGCGCCAGUCGGUUGGAAGCACCCAGACCCAGGCUGCCUUUCAUUGCAUGUAACUGAGGCAAGGCCUGGGCCGGGUACACAAUGUGGACCGAACAAAGGCUGAGGGCAGUU